UUGUGGUCGGAUCAGAUUGUGUUGUAUCUACCUGGGAGCAGACUGGACGCACCUGGAAGUGGAGAGCGCCUUCACCCGGCUCUCAAAAGCCUGCUCUGUUGUGAGAUAUUAAUGAAAGAAGAGUGAGCCGGAAAGUGUACUUUGGCAGCGGAUAAAUAAUUAACCUGACAACUCAAGCAGCAGUUUACAGAAGAGCUGACAUGAGGAGCUGAGCCAAGCAGUAGCGGAGUGUACCUGCCGCGCGCCUGUGUCCCGAGACUGAAAACAGGCCUACAGGUGUUUUUGUAUUGUUGCUGUUUAAUGCCAUUUGACCUGAAUACACUGCACUGUAAUCAUGCUCGGAGCCGAGGGCAUACUGGAGAGCCGGCUGAAGAAGCUGGAGUCCCUGAUGAGGGAUCCACAGUCGGGACUAAACUUGGAAACGCUACUGGAUUCCAUGAACGCACUGGCGCAUGAUCUGAAUUAUCCUGCCCUGCGGAAAAACAAAAACAUAGAGGCGUUUCUGAGCCGAUAUGAAAAGGCAGCGAGUCAACUCCGAGAGCUGCAGGUGAAGAUGGAAGACUUCGACAAAGUAAAGUUGAUCGGAAAAGGAGCCUAUGGAGAAGUGCGGCUGGUUCGUCACAAGGCCUCUCGCAAGGUGUACGCCAUGAAGCAGCUUAACAAGUUUGAGAUGAUAAAGCGGUCAGACUCUGCCUUCUUCUGGGAGGAGAGGCACAUCAUGGCCUUUUCCAACAGUCCAUGGGUCGUACAGCUGUUCUGCGCUUUCCAAGACGACCGCCACCUCUACAUGGUGAUGGAGUUCAUGCCCGGAGGCGACCUGGUCACGCUCACCAUGAACUACGACAUACCUGAGAAGUGGGCUAUCUUUUACACGGCUGAAGUUGUACUGGCGCUGGACGCCAUCCACUCCAUGGGCUUCAUCCAUCGGGACGUGAAACCUGACAACAUGCUGCUGGACCAACACGGACACCUCAAACUGGCAGAUUUUGGCACGUGCAUGAAGAUGGACUCGACAGGCAUGGUGCACUGCGACACCGCUGUAGGCACGCCGGACUACAUCUCCCCCGAGGUGCUUCAGUCUCAGGGCGGUCAUGGUCACUACGGCCGUGAGUGCGACUGGUGGUCUGUAGGAAUCGUUAUCUAUGAGUUGCUAGUCGGUGACACUCCCUUCUAUACUGAAUCCCUGAUCGGCACAUAUGGGAAGAUCAUGAACCACAAGAACUCACUCGUCUUCCCAGAGGACGCAGAGAUGUCUCAGGAUGCCAGAGACCUCAUCUGUGCCUUUCUUACUGACAGGGAGGUUCGCCUGGGUCGCACCGGAGUGGAUGAAAUAAAGUGCCAUCCUUUCUUCAAGAACGACCAGUGGACCUUCGACAACAUCCGUGCGACUGUGGCUCCAGUUGUGCCUGAGCUGAGCGGUGACAUCGACACCAGCAACUUUGACGAAGUAGAGGUUGAUAAAAAGGAUGUCGAGACCUUUCCUCCGCCCAAAGCCUUUGUGGGCAACCAGCUGCCAUUCAUCGGCUUUACUUACUUCAAAGAGGACCAGCUGCUGAAGGUGAAUAAUAACUGCUCUGUGGAGGAUUCAGAGGACAGUCAGGAAAACUCUGAGGAAAAGGAUCAUUGCUCAGACAGUAAGAAAGAGCUGCUGAAAAAGCUUCAUCUGCUGGAGGAGCAGAUCGACCAUGAGAUGCAGGCCAAAGAUGAGCUGGAGCACAAGUGCAAAAAUACCACCAACCGUUUAGACAAGCUGGUUGAAGAAUUAGACAAGGAGAUGAGUAGCAGGCAGAAAGUCGAGGCCUCGCUGAGGCAGCUGGAGCGAGAACAAGCACUGCUGCAGCACCAGAGCACGGAAAACCUGCGCAAGGUGGAGAUUGAAGCGGACAGGAAACGCAGCCUGGAGAACGAAUUGAACAAUCUGAGGGACCAGCUAGAGGAUCUUAAGAAGAAGAACCAGAAUUCCCAGAUCUCCAAUGAGAAGAACAUCCAGCUGCAGAGACAACUCGAGGAGGCCAACGCCGUGCUGCUGGCUGAGCAGGAGGUGGCCGCACGGCUGAAGAAGAGUCAGGCAGAGGCGCAGAAACAGGUUCAGUGCUUGGAGGUCAGCCUCAGGGAGAUGCAGGAAAAGUGCAGCCAGCUCGAAAACAGCAAGCAGGAGCUGGAGAAGCAGCUGAGGGGGCUGCAGGCCGAGCUGGAGGAGGAGAGGAGAGGCCGUAACAUCGGGACAGAAACUAUUACGGACCUGCAAGGACGCAUCUCUGGCCUGGAAGAAGAAGUGAAAGAGGUGAAGUCCUCUGUUUCUAAGGUCCAGACAGAGAAGAAGCAGCUCCACGACAAGCUCAACGACCUUGAGAAGGAGAAGAGCAACCAAGAGAUCGACCUGACCUUCAAGCUGAAGUCGCUCCAGCAGAGUCUGGAGCAGGAGGAGGCUGAACACAAAGCCACCAAAUCCAAGCUCGCAGACAAAGACAACAUCUACGAGUCCAUCGAGGAGGCAAAGUCUGAGGCCUUAAAAGAGAUGGAGUGCACCCUGCAGGAGGAGCGAAGCUUGAAGCUGCAGGUGGAGGCAAAGUUGCUGCAACAGGAGAAGACCCACUCCAUGCUGGACUGCGACUACAAGCAGGCGCAGCAAAAACUCAACGAGAUGCAGGCACAGAAGGAUAAGCUUUGUGAAGAGGUAAAGAGCCUGAGCCUGCGUCUGGAGGAGGAGAUCCACAGGCGCAGCAUGACCCAGAGCGAUCUGAAGAUGCAGAACCAGCAGGUGUCGGUGCUCCGCUCCUCUGAAAAACAGCUCAAACAGGAGCUCAACCACCUGCUGGAAAUGAAGCAAGUCAUGGAGAAACAGAUCCAGCAGCUACGCAGGGAGAAGCAGGAGGCCGGUGGCCAGCUGAAGGAACUGAAGGACCAACUGGAGGCUGAGCAGUAUUUCACAACUCUUUACAAGACGCAGAUUCGUGAGCUGAAGGACAAUUGUGUGGAGAACAGUAAGCUGUACAAGGAGGCGCAGCUACAACUGGCACAAUAUCAGCAGGAGAGGAGUUCAAUGACAGCACAGCUGGAGGCCAGUUUGACAAAGGCGGACUCUGAGCAGCUGGCUCGCUCCAUCGCUGAGGAGCAGUACUCUGAUCUGGAGAAGGAGAAGAUCAUGAAGGAGCUGGAGAUCAAAGACAUGAUGGCGAGACACAGACAGGAGCUCGGAGACAAGGAGGCCACCAUCAGCUCGCUGGAAGAGUCCAAUCGCACACUGACGGUGGAUGUGGCAAACCUGGCCAAUGAGAAAGAGGAGCUCAACAACCAGCUGAAAGACAUGCAGCAACAGAUCCAGAAAGCCAGAGAGGAGGAGAAGCAGAUGAACUCGCACAAACUGUCCUUUGAAAAGCUGCUGCAGAAUGAAAAGACGCUAAAAAUUCAGGCUAUCAACAAGCUGGCCGAGGUGAUGAACAGGAGGGAGUCGGGGCGAGGAGGCCAACGGACUAUCGACACUGAGGUGCACAGGAAGGAGAAAGAGAACAGGAAGCUGCAGCAGGAGCUGAGGACGGAGAAGGAGAAGCUCAACAGCACCAUCAUCAAGUACCAGAGAGAGAUGACGGAUAUGCAGGCGAUGAUAGCAGAGGAGAACCAGGUGCGUCUGGAGCUUCAGAUGGCGUUGGACAGCAAAGACAGCGACAUCGAGCAGCUCCGGUGUCAGAUCACUUCCCUCAGCAUUCACUCUCUGGACUCCACCAGCAUCAGCAGUGGCAACGACAUGGACAUGGGUGACGGAUACCCAGUGCGCAUUUCUCACUCACACACCUCAGAAUCAAUGUCCUUCACCUACCAGCGCACACACAAAUCUGUCUGCAUCGACACCCGGCCAAACCUUCGCUCUGCUCACAAUCUCUUCGACUCUGACUCUGACUCUGAGGGUGAAGAAGAAUAUGAAGGGAGGGUGGAGCAGGGCCCCCGUCCCCUGGCUCUCACCUACGAACAGCCCCCUGAGGCUGAACCUGCAGACUCCAGGUUGCAGGGCUGGAUUUCCCUUCCUACCAAGAACACAAAGCGUUUUGGCUGGGACAAAAAAUAUGUAGUUGUGAGCAGUAAGAAGAUCCUGUUCUACAACAGCGAGCUGGAUCGAGAGCAGGCUAAUCCUUUCAUGACUCUGGACAUCGAAAAACUUUUCCAUGUCCGUCCUGUCACUCAAACGGAUGUGUACCGUGCGGAUGCCAAAGAAAUUCCAAUGAUAUUCCAGAUCCUGUAUGCCAAUGAAGGCGAGAUUAAACGUGAUCAAGAGGUCGCUGUGGAUCCGGGGACAGGUGUGGAUCGCCCCUCCUUCUUCCCUCACAAGGGCCAUGAGUUUGUCCUCACACUCUACCACUUCCCGUCCAGCUGUGAGGUCUGCACUCGGCCCCUGUGGAACGUUUUUAAACCCCCGCCGGCACUCGAGUGCCGUCGCUGCCACACCAAGUGCCACAAAGAUCACCUGGACAAAAAGGAGGAAGUUAUUGUGCCCUGCAAGGUGAAUUAUGACAUUUCCACUGCCAAAGAGCUGCUUCUGCUGACCAGCUCUCAGGAGGAGCAGCAGCGCUGGGUCAGCCACCUCCUCAAACGCAUCCCGAGGAAACACCCGACCAUGAGUCCUCCCGCUGCAGCACAAAACAACAUCCCUGACGCAUCGUCACGCCUUUCUCCGCGAAACUCCCCGAGACCUUCACCCAGGGCUUCGCCUCGUAUGUCUGCCCAUCGCGGAGCCAUCAAGAUCCAGCCCAGCAGACAGCAGCAGUCAUCAGGGAAGCCCAGAUUGCUUGAGUUUGGCCUCAAAGACUGGAGUUGGCCGUUGGAUGAUGACGAUAAUGAUGAUGAUGAUAUGUUCUUCUGAAGGAAGGGAAAGAGGGGGGUCAGAGGUUAACCCUGGCUCAUCAAAGAUGUGUAUUUUCAUCUUUAUGGAUAAACACCCGCAGUCUGGACUCAGUGCCUUCAUGUGUUAUUUCAUCAGGGAAGUAGACUGAAAAAAACCCUGCUAAUCAUGGACAGAAACAUUCACAGAGACCGGCUGUCGUCAUGAGAACUGAGGCUGCCUUUGUCAUUUUAACAAGAGGAAAAUGAGCAGUCACAUUAGAGUGAGACUACAUCCCAAAAAAUGUUUUAAGAAACUGAUUAAAAGUGCUUUAUUUAUAACCAUCAUGAAAAAACAUGGACAUUUUAUUCUGUCAGAUGCAGUGAAUCACAUGGGUUUAUGUUUGUUAGGCAUGUGUGUGAACAUUUGUAUAUAGGAUCAAGAGGUCUGUCUGUAUUGUAACACAGAAAGCGUAGCUCAUAGUAUAUGAUUAUUUUUAUGGAUACAAGUCGGCAGCACAUUAUACAGUAUAUGCUUGCCUUGUAAAUGAAUAUGGUUUUCAUUACACAAAGUAGACCUGUUACAAUGUAAGAUAAUAAUGUGAAUUGAAUAGAAACCAUAUGUUCCUUUCUCGCCAUUCAUGACAAUGACAUAGAAAUAAAAUUCUGUAACCCUAAAAA